AUGCGAACGUUAUUUCGGGCUGGGGAUUCGCAACUACUGCGAAAUAUUAGUAAUUGGCUCACAGGCACAGCUGGUGAUUGGUAUUUACAGCUUUCCCAAGGUCAUCAUUUGCCGGAUACGUGGCAUGAGUUUAAAAAGUUGUUCUUGUCUCGUUUUCGUAGUCCUGAAAGGAUAGGGGCUUUGAAAAUUGAACGUAGCCGUUGCGUUCAAAAAGAAAAUGAAACAGCAGCUGAUUUCUAUCAAAGAUAUUUGGGACUAAAUGUGGAAAUUAAUCCAAAAACCAACGAAGAUUUACUAAAAAAAUACUUUCUCCGAAAAUUGAGAUCAGAACUUGUUCUUUGGAUGAAGGGUGAUCCGGCAAGUGUACUGCACAAAGGAUGUCCAAAGGAUGAAGAAGAAAACGUGUCAGAACAGAAUGCAUUAUGUGUACAUAAAGUAGCGUUCUUUUACAAUUACAGUUUUGCACAGUUAUUUCCACUUCUUAGCAAUAUCGUUCCUGAUUUUCAAAAAUGUUAUCUUGAUUUAACAACUAAGAAAUGUUCUAAAGAUCGUCCACUUUUUACAUCAGCAGUAAAUCCAGAUGAUGAUGAUUUUCCAUGUGUAUUUACACCUGCGACAAGAGAUAUUUUAUGA